AUGUUUGCUAAUCUUUUUUCCUUCUGUAUUUCUCCUAAAUUUUUUUCCUUCCUUGCUUAUUCUUGUUUCCUUCUUUUUUUUUUCUUCUUCAGCUUUCCACAUUGUUUUCUUUUUCUUCCAUUUCUUCAUUUAUUUCCCUCUUUUUUACUUGACUUUUUCUUUCUACUCUGCUUUUCUUUUUCUUUAUCAUUUUCUCUUGGUCUUUACCCACUUCUCUUUUUAUGUUCUUUUCUUCUUCUUCUUUUCUUUGUUUUUCUACCUUUUUUAUGUUUCUUUUUUCUUCUUUGUAAUCCUUUUCCUUUAACUUCUUUCUUUUUCUUUUUUUCUUCACUUUUUCUGCUUUCUUUUUCUAUUCUUCUUCUUUCUGCUUCUUUUUUUCACUUUUCUUUUUCCACCUCCUUUUUCUUCCUUGUCUUCAUUUUCUCUCCUUUUUUUCACUGUAGCUUUUUUCUUCCUAAUUUGCUUUUCUUUUCUUCAUAUUUUUCACUUUUUCCUUCCCACAGUUUUUUUUUUAUUCACUUUAUUUUUCCUUUUUCUUUUGUCCCUUUCUUUUUUCUUAAAUUUUCUAUCUAUUUUUCAUUUUUCUUCCUUUUCUUUUUCUUCCUUUAUUUCUUUGUGUUUUCUCUUUAUUCUUUUUUCUACUUUUCUUCACUUUUCUUUCACCUGCAUUUUUUCUACUUCUUUUUUAAUUUGUCUUUUUCCUUCUUUUUUCUAUUUUUCUUCAUUGCUUUCACUUUUUUCCUCCUUUUCUUUGUUUUUUUUUCUUAUUUUACCUCCUUUAUUCUUUCAUCUAAUUUUGUCUCACUCUUUCAGCUUUCAUUGUUUUAUAUUUUUCCUUUUCUUUCUUCAUAUUUGAUUUCAUGUAUUUUGUCUCCCUUUCCUUCUUUCAGUAUGCUAUUUUUUCUUUUCUCUUUUUUUUAA